AUGGUUAAGGCGAAAGACGCAGCCUUGGAGACUGGCUUCAUCGUGAGCAUGUUUUGCGUGAUCGGUCCGGAGCUGAAUGGCAAUCUGUUAGCCCUGAUCAGCGAGAGGGGAAAGAUAUACGUGCAAGGUAUGGUCUGGGAGGAGAAGAACGCAGUCCGGUGUUCUAUCGCGAACUGGGCUGUCGGGGUUGAGGAAGACUUAGCCAUCAUCGUGGAUGUCCUUCGAUCGGGAGUCGCUCAGUGGAAGGGUAGGAAGUUUCAUGUUGAACUGCCUCUUCGUGUCAUGUUUACGGCAUGCUGGAUAAUAGUGGAGACUGCCGGACGCGACGAGUGUUGA